AAUCUCCCCAUUGUGGGAGGGGCAGAGACACAACCUACUGCAGGGAAAUCUCCCCAUUGUGGGAGGGGCAGAGACACAAACUACUGCAGGGAAAUCUCCCCAUUGUGGGAGGGGCAGAGACACAAUCUACUGCAGGGAAAUCUCCCCAUUGUGGGAGGGGAAGAGACACAACCUACUGCAGGGGAAAUCUCCCCAUUGUGGGAGGGGCAGAGACACAAACUACUGCAGGGAAAUCUCCCCAUUGUGGGAGGGGCAGAGACA